AUGGCAGCAGCAACGACAACAAACGCAGCAGCAGCAGCAGCAGCAGCAACACCAAACACAGGACAAAAGGCAACAACGGCGGCACUGCAGCAGCAAGAACAAACACAGCAGCAGCAACGAAACCAGCACAGCAGAGCACCAGCAACAAAACCACUAGCAGCAGCAGCAGCAAAAGUAGCAGCAGCAGCAGCAGCAGCAGCAGCAGCAGCAGCAGCAGACCUGCAGCGCGGCGUCAAUUUCCGGAACUGCUGUUGGCUUCGCCCCGAAGGCGACGGCGAUGAGGCGCCCAAAAUAUGCAGGAGACUCGCGGGGCUUCUUUAUCCUGCAGCAGCAGCAGCAGCAGCAGCAGCAGCAGCAGCAACAGCAGCAGCAGCAGCAGGGGUUAGCAGCGACGAGAGCGGGAACGGGCUCAGCAGCAGCAAGCGCGCGGCAGCAGCGAGAGAGCAGCAGCAUGCAGCAGCAGCAGCAGCGAGAGCCAACGUCGUCCUAAGCAGCAGCAGCAACGGCAGCGGAAACAGCAGCAGCAGCAGCAGCAGCAACAGCAGCAGCAGCAGCAGCAGCAGCAGCACCUGA